GAUAUACAAUUACGGUGAUCAGCUGCUCCUCCAAGUCGUGUAGGAAAUUGUACACAUAAUAUAUACUAAUUUUUGGUUAUACAAUUCUAACAAAACUGUAAUUUAUGGGUGAUAAUUGUAUUUUUAUAAAAUACAUUUUGUGAAGUGUUUGAAUAUAUCGUUGUACAUACAUAGGUAUAACAUUUAUUCUAAAAAUUUACAGUUCCAUGUUGACAAUGGACAAUCCGGAGUGACUUUCCACUAGCAGGUUUCUACUCGUAUUGUUUAACAUCUUGUAACAUACAAACAAACAAAAACCAUGACUUCCAUUAUAAAAUUACACGCCAUUUCUGGCGCUAUGGACGAAUCUCCUCCGUGCUACAUUCUGCAAGUUGAUGAAUUACGAAUAUUACUCGAUUGUGGAUGGGACGAAAAAUUCGAUCAAGACUUUAUAAAAGAAUUGAAAAGACAUGUUCAUCAAAUUGAUGCUGUACUUCUCUCGUAUCCUGAUCCUCUUCAUCUGGGAGCAUUGCCGUAUUUAGUUGGAAAAUGUGGAUUGACUUGUCCCAUUUAUGCAACAAUACCCGUUUAUAAGAUGGGCCAGAUGUUCAUGUACGACAUGUAUCAGUCACGUCACAACAUGGAGGAUUUUGAUCUUUUCACAUUGGAUGACGUGGAUGCUGCUUUUGAUAAAAUAGUUCAAUUGAAAUACAAUCAAAGUGUUUCAAUGAAGGGAAAAGGUUAUGGUGUUACGUUAACUCCCUUACCUGCUGGCCACAUGAUUGGUGGUACAAUUUGGAAAAUUGUCAAAGUCGGCGAAGAGGAUAUCAUUUAUGCAGUUGAUUUUAAUCACAAGAAGGAGAGACAUUUGAAUGGUUGUGAAUUAGAGAGACUACAGAGACCCUCACUUUUGAUAACGGAUGCGUUCAAUGCGACUUAUCAGCAGGCGAGAAGAAGAACGAGAGAUGAAAAGCUUAUGACCAAUAUUUUGCAAACAUUGCGCGGAGGUGGUAACGUUCUCGUCGGCGUUGACACAGCGGGUCGAGUUUUGGAGCUUGCUCACAUGUUGGAUCAACUCUGGCGUAACAAGGAAUCCGGUCUACUCGCUUAUUCCCUCGGCUUAUUGAACAACGUCAGUUACAACGUUGUUGAGUUUGCAAAGUCACAAAUCGAAUGGAUGAGCGAUAAGUUAAUGAGGAGCUUCGAAGGCGCGAGAAACAAUCCUUUCCAGUUCAAACACUUACAGCUUUGUCAUAGUAUGGCAGAACUCAAUCAAGUCCCUAGUCCAAAGGUUGUUCUAGCUAGUACACCUGACAUGGAAUGCGGGUUUUCUCGCGAUUUGUUUCUUCAAUGGUGUUCAAAUCCUCAAAAUAGUAUUAUAAUAACGAGUAGAACAUCGCCUGGAACUCUGGCACGUGAUCUCGUUGAGAACGGUGGUAAUCGUAGUAUAACACUGGAUGUUAAAAGACGCGUGAAAUUAGAAGGUGCCGAACUGGAGGAGUAUCAGAAAAAGGAGAAAGCGAAACAAGAUUUAAUGAAGCAAGAACAAAUGGAAACUGCUGACGUUAGUUCCGAGUCGGAGGAUGAGAUAGAAGUCGGCACUGGUCGCGGUAAACACGAUUUGCUCGUGAAACAAGAAACGAAACCGGGCUUCUUCAAACAGAGCAAAAAGCAGCAUCCCAUGUUUCCGUUCGUCGAAGAAAAAAUCAAAACUGAUGAAUACGGAGAGAUAAUAAGGCCGGAGGAAUACAAAAUAGCAGACGCAAUACCAGAAGUAGAGGACAAUAAAGAAAACGUCGAAAUAAAGCAAGACGAGACAGCACACCAUCCGGAAAUAUCAUCGGACAUACCGACGAAAUGUAUCCAACAAACUCGGACGAUAGCAGUUAACGCGUCAAUUACUUACAUCGAUUUUGAGGGAAGAUCCGAUGGCGAAUCGUUGCAAAAAAUUUUGGCACAACUAAGACCGCGAAGAGUUGUGUUCGUCAGGGGCUCGCCAAAGGACACCGAAAUAAUGGCUCAACAAGCCCAGGCAGCCGGAGCUCGAGUCUUUAUUCCUGGUCGAGGAGAGACUCUUGAUGCUACGACCGAAACGCAUAUUUAUCAGGUUCGGUUAACUGAUGCGCUCGUCAGUGGUCUUAACUUCUCCAAGGGUAGAGGUGACUCUGAAGUCGCAUGGAUCGAUGCACUGAUGUCUGCACGUGAUCAUAUUUGUCGUGACGCCGUUUCCGAUGCUGAACUUGAGAAUUCUGAUUCGAGCGACAAAAUACUCACACUUGAACCGUUACCGCUUAACGAUGUCCCUGGUCAUCAAACGACAUUCAUAAAUGAAUUGAAAUUAUCCGAUUUCAAGCAGAUAUUGAACAAAAGCAACAUUCCUUCGGAGUUUAGUGGAGGAGUUCUGUGGUGCUGCAAUAAUAGCAUUGCAGUUCGACGUCACGAAGCUGGAAAAGUCGUCCUGGAAGGUUGUCUGUCCGAAGACUACUACAAAGUACGAGAAUUACUGUACGAACAGUAUGCAAUUGUAUGAAGCAUUGAAGGACGAAUCAUGGGUGUUAUUGUAAUACAACAAAUUGGAAUAAAUUUUGUAAUAAAAAGAGUGUGAAACCUAAA